AUGACCAAGAACAAAAAAGCCACCAAUCCUGGUCAAAAGGCCAUACCACCACUCCGUAAACCAAAGUUAACUCAACAAUCCAAGUCUGGUGGAGGGCGUGGGCCGAGAAAGGCUCCGCCCAGUGCCGGUACUGUAGCUCCCCGACGUGCUACAAGGUCUACGACCAAGCCAGGAGACCUCGACUCUGGACACCGAAUCCAAAAUCCAUCGCCAAAGCUCAGAAGCCGAAAGAUCGAGACGGUAGUGCCCCCGGCUAAAACAGGCUCAGAUAAAGGGCAGAGAGUACUCCGAAGUGUGGAAACAGGGAGUUCUUCUCACUCUCAAAGAGGAAGCGUUGAAUUCACCCCAGACUGGGACUCUGAUGAGGCUUCCGUCGACAAGGAUCCCCUCCAGGUGUAUUAUGAAAGAAUAGGAUACUUGCCACCACUUGAUGACGCCACGGUGGAGGUCCUAAAAUUCCUCAAAAUGUCCUGUCCAGAUUUGGACGUGGAGGCAGGUCGCAUAUCAUCAUCUAACGUCCCCGAAUUCAGGCGAGGAUUGCAAUGCCGCAUGGUCGACCUCCUGCCCAAGGGUAAAGAUGACUUUCAGUUCAAGGAGUUGGAGAACCACGAUGUCCCUUGGCCUCUUGUCCCCGCAGAUGUCAAAGACUACGACGACAAACUGUGGGAAAAGGAUCUAGAGAAGUGUCAGAAUCAGGAGCAAGAAGCCAUCUUCCAACGAACUAUAAUGCUCUCUAUGAUUGAUCGGUACCGCCUCUUCUACGGGGGCAAAGAAAACCAAAGCUCGCUUGAAUUUGCAGUCGAGACUCCAUGGACCUGCCUUCCGAUGCCUACACACGCCGAGCGCCGAGGGAAAAGAUUCCUCACGUGUCCAAAGCCGGACCUUGCUGUUGGAUUCCGUCGGGAGAAACUGGUUGAGACUUGCGAUUGGGAGUCUUUCCCAGAAGAAACACAGAAGCUGAUAUGCUACGAGGGCAUCAACCCACCGAACCAAGACAGAGCGUUUUGUUUUCUGACGAUCGAGGCGAAGCGCGGGUGGACAAGCGUCGAUGAUAAAGUUGCGCUGAAUCAAUGCCUCAACAACGCGAGCCAGGCUCUGCAUAAUAUGUUCGAAAUCUUCAAGGAGGCAGACAGGGAGAUAGGUGAAGGAUCCCGGGUCAAAGGCGACAAAUACACCAAACAAUUCUUCGAGAGAGUCCGCUUCUUUUCUGUCGUCGCGGUUGCUGGGGCCAUGAAGAUUCGAAUACACCGUGCCUGUCGCCUGGGCGAGAAAGAAAUAGGUCCAAAGAGCGAUUACCCACUUAAAUUCGCCUACUCAAAUUACAAAGUUGUCCAGAACGAGGACUUCACACGCCGCCAAAGUGUAGUGGAAGAGCUCACCAACAUCCUUCACAAUUACGGAGUCAACGAACUCGAAGGUCUCCUGAAAAAUGUGAUCAGAGAGAUGAACGACAAGUUCGUUGCCUAUAACAUCAAAAAAGGCUAUGUGCUGAACAGAGGUUCGUUGUUCUACUCGUACAACCAAGCCGUGCCGCCAUCUAGGAAAAACGGCAAGGCAACACCUAGGACGACUCAGACGCCGAGUGGGGCAGAGACACCUGUCCAACGCCGCUCGAGAAGUUUCCAUCGGCAGCAGUCCAGUCUGUCUCGUUCGUUCAGUGACAACUUUGGCCAGUUCAAUGUCAACUCGGGUGUCUAUGCUGAUUCUGGGCAGGUUUGGGCUGCCAGUGGUGAGAUGUCUCGAGACACAGGCAUGUCACAUCAACAAGAUGUUCCCGAGGCGGAUGUGCGCGGGUCUCCAAGCAAGAAGAGGAAGAAGUAG